CAGUUGACUAACAGCAAGCUACACUAGCCAGUAGUUAAAGGAGGAGAGGAAAUCGGGGAUUUGUCUGAGAGGGAGAGGGGAGCAAAGAUUCACAUCUGAAUCAUGGCUACUGAAACAUCAUCUUGCACAGGCUCCACUCUUCUGAGGCCGAUCAGUGAAUUCAUUAAUCUCCCUCUUGAUCAGGUAAACUUUGUAGUCUGCCAGCUCUUUGCCCUGCUGAUGGCCUUUUGGUUCCGGCUCUACCUGCACCCCAGUAAGACCAGCCCGUUUGUCCGCCAUGUGGUGGCCACCCUCCUGGGCUUCUACCUUGCCCUCUUCUGCUUUGGCUGGUAUGCCUUACACUUCCUAGUCCAGAGUGGCGUCACAUAUGGAAUCAUGAUCUUCGCUGGUCUGGAGCACAUGCACAAGUACUGUUUUGUGGUUGCCCUGGGAUACCUCACCUUCUGCCAAAUCACCCGUGUCUACGUCUUCGACUAUGGCAUGUACUCCGCAGAUUUUACUGGGCCCAUGAUGGUCAUCACACAGAAGAUAACCAGCCUAGCGUUUGAGAUCCAUGACGGCUUGGCGUGUAAGGAGGAGCAACUGACUCCCAGUCAGAAGAUUCUUGCUGUAAGGAAAAUGCCCAGCUUACUGGAGUACUUGAGUUACAACUGUAACUUCAUGAGCAUCCUGGCAGGCCCCACCUGCUCCUACAAUGACUAUGUGGCGUUCGUGGAGGGCACGGCCUACCAGCCCAAACACCUGGAGUCCAAUGGCAAGGAGAAUGGGAAGUACAAGCAGACUGAGCCAUCGCCCAAGAACGAUGUCAUCAGAAAGCUGGGCACGUGUGGCGUCUCGCUAGGGGUCUACCUGGCAGUGCUCAGGGUGUGCCCGGUGGAGCACGUCAUCGAUGACUCGUUCAUUGCCACCUCGCCCUUCUACGUCCAGGUCAUCUACCUCUACCUGUCCAUGCUGGCCACACGGCCAAAGUACUACUUUGUCUGGACACUGGCUGACGCCAUCAACAAUGCUGCCGGAUUUGGCUUCAAUGGCUACAACAAAGACGGCACGCCAAGAUGGGACUUAAUAUCAAACCUGAGAAUAAUGGACAUAGAGUUCGCCACCAGUUUUAAGAUGUUCUUGGACAACUGGAACAUUCAGACAGCCCUCUGGCUUAAGAGGGUGUGCUACGAACGCUGUCCCAUGAACCCCACGGCGGCCACGUUCCUGCUGUCCGCUGUGUGGCAUGGCGUCUAUCCCGGCUACUACCUCACCUUCCUCACUGGCAUCGCCAUGACCAUGGCAGCACGGGCAGUGAGACACAACGUGAGGCCGCUCUUCCAGAGCACGGCCACUAACAGGCUCGUCUACGACAUCAUCACGUGGGCGGGCACGCAGAUCGCCAUCUGCUACACCGUGGUGCCCUUCGUGCUGCUAGCGGUGGGGCCCUCGCUCAAGUUCUACAGGUCGUGGUACUGCUGCAUGCACCUGACGUGUCUGAUGGUGGUGCUGGCUCUGCCGGUGAAGCCCAGGCACCAGCGGCAGAAAGAGCAGCAGAACAGCCUGCACCAGGAUGGCGCCAUGAGCAACAGCUGCAACAGCUGCAACAGCCUCCCAAACACGGACAGCAACUGCAACCAGAAGCAGAAAACCACAUGAGUGGGGAGAGGCUAUCUCCAUUCCCCUGCUCCUUCUCAAACACACACACACACACACACACUGAUACACAUGCACGCACUCGCAUGCACACACACACAUACAUAUGCACUCACACACAUAUGCACAUGCAGGCACACUCAAGCAUACAGCAACACAGGUUUGGGGAGAACCUCUUAUGAACACUACCGAGAGUGUUGAGAGUGCUCGCCCUCAACCUGAAUGGACCAGACGAGCAAAACCAACCUACCGACCGACCAAGCAAGCAAGACUCCACCAGAUGAAUACACAUGUCAGAAAACCAGUCAGCAGAACAGCUGACCCUCAAGUAGCAGCGAGCGGCCACUGCGAUCAUGCUUUAGGCUCCUAAACGACUAAUCUGUGCAACCGACCAGAGCGAGAAGCUUGCGGUGGCGGCAAUGUCAAACGAGAGCACGCCAAUCUGGUGUGAUAUAUAUAUAUAUAUAUAUAUAUAUAUAUAUAUAUAUAUAUAUAUAUAUAAAUAAAGUAAUAAGUGAUUACACUAAUCUCGGGACAGGGAGACCAUUUCCAGGGCAGGGAAAAGAGAGAGGAAAGUGUAUGUGGUUCUGAAGUUGCCUUAAACCCUCUAUGUACUCUCGGUGGCAAGCUUGAGAUGGCUUUAGAAGCAGGUGUCUGUUCCAGCCUCUCCCAGAAGAAUUGACUGGUAGGGCAAGUCGGUGCACAUAGAGGGUUUUAGUCAUUGUCACACGAACAAUGCAACCUCUGUUUUAGACGUUGAGAGGCCUACACGGGUCUGUAACAAAAGAAAUGUUUUUCUUUUUUUUUUUUAAUUUCUUCAAUGCCAAUUUCAAACAGGCCUUAGAUUAUCAGAUUAUCAGAUUAUCUCAACGUUUUUUUUUUUUAUUUCCAGUGUUUUUUUUUUUCUUCUGUUUUUCACAUCCAGCCAUAUCUGCUGCUUUCUUUCUUUGCAGGCGAAAGGGUAUGUGCAUUUACUUUGUACAAGAGUGAUGAUUGUGUCGAUUUUGAUGAUGAUUAUGGGUGACGGGUGCUAGACAGGGAGUAUCUUCUUCAUUCUUCAGUCUGAGUUUUUCUUUUUCUGUUUUUAAAGGGCUUUUGAUUUAAGGGGUUUAGCGUGAACCACAUCAGUCAUGUUUGGUUUCCUCAGGGUUUUCACAGUUCCAGUGUUCACACAGUCCCACUUCACUGGGAUAGUACAACACAUUUUAAGCCCCAUUCUGUUUGAAUGUCUCGCACGACUCACAUUUAUAUUUGCUCUGCAGUGAUCUUUAAGGUUUGUAAAUUUGUACAAUGUAUGUUAGGGAGAAAAAACUAUUCUCGUUUGUAUUUAGAGACACCUAAUAUUGUUAUUAGAGUAUAUGAAUGGUUUGGAAACGUAGGGUUUUGUCAUACUGCCCAACUGUCUGGAAACCCAAAGGCUUUUUCCAUCAUGGUUUUGGCCCCAUAAUUGAGAGACUCCCCUAAAGCGUCCAAGGCCUUGCUCUGUCUCUCCAUAUCUGUAUUUUUUAAAAUCUUUUUGAAAUCACAGUGACGCACGGCCACACUGAACCUCAUAGAACCAUUGGUACCUGCCAUAUCGGCACCAGGUAUGUAAUAAUGUGAGUGACGUCAGGCUGCUUUACAUUACUGUAUCCAUGUGCCACCUCCAGGCACAUUCCUGACUCCACUGGUUCAGAUAACCUCUCUGAGCUUUCUUGAUAUGAGGAUGCCUUGAGUUGGUCCUGCUGCUCAGGUGUGGAAGCACCUAUUGCUCUUUGUUGGUUAAGAAAUAAGCACCGCAAAGUACUUACAUUACUAACUCUUGUUGUUGAUAUGGCCAGACCCUAACCAUGAAUUGAAUAUAAUUGGGAGUCAAACUAUGCUCACUCAGAAAUUUCUUAUUUUAAAAAAAAAAAAUGUUUGUUUUUUCCCCCCCUUUUUAGCACCUCUCAGAUGUGUCUAACACACAAUUCUGUUAUUACCAGGGGUGGUCAAACCACAUACUGCAAUGUAGGUCCAAAGGUCCAAAGGAAGGGAAAGACUUUAUACUGUAUGUGACUCAGAAAGGCAAAGAGUGCACUGACCACACCAACCAGCAGAUCAAUGCAAAACUGAUAGAAAUGUCCAAAGUGCCAAAUCAUGGGAAGCGCACACAUGUUGUAUGUCGAUACAGAAAACAAAGAUGGAAAAUCUGAAAGUCUUUUUGUGGGUUAGACUAGGUGGAGAAAUUUCUAUUAAUGUACUUUUGGAGAGAGUCCGAUUUAUUUGGUGGAAUAAAUAAAAAUACAAUAGAAUUAUUUUUAGAUGUUAUGAGUGAAAAUUGAGAAGAAAUGAGGAAAAUGGAGAGUUCUCUCUCCCCCACCAGUUUCUUGUUUUCUGUUACUUUAUUCUUUUUGUGCACUUUUUGCUAUGAAUAAAAAACAGUGCUAAACAGACUAACUGCCAGAGCAAUGCAAGAGAACACAACUGAAGCCCAAAGGGAAGUGGACUGAGGAAGGGGAACAACUGGCCCAGUCAUAUGUGAGGUCAUUAGCUGUAUCGCUGGCCACUAUGAUCGCCCCAUACUGUCAAGUACAACACUGACUGUCCUGACAUGGUGUCCAAUGAAGAGAGAGAUUAGGAUAUAGACACACUUUUUGGGCCUUUGCUAAUUUGGUCUCUAGACCAUGGCAGUUUGUUCCUCGGUCUCAGUUCUUUGUAGGGAUGGAGGCAUUGUCCUUACGUGUGUGUGGGUGUCUGUAUGUUUGUGUGACAGUGGUGUCAACCCGUGUUUAGAAACAUAUAUCAUGUGUGGAAAAAAACAACCCUCAUCUGUCAACCCUAAGGAAAUAUAUGAUUAAAUACAUAAGAUAUUAAUGCUGAUUUAUUUGAAUUGGGGAACCACCCCAUCCCACCCAAUGAUGUGUUUAUUUGUCUGAACCGAAAAUUUGUAUCACUGUUAUUUCGUACUACCCCAAUAUCAAACUCUACUGUCUGCCAUGUUGUUAAUCUGUAUUAAUCUAUCGGCUCUAUGUCACAGGACCACUGAUUCAGAUACUGUUGGUGAAUAAGUACACUGGGGUUUCAUUUGUCAGGGUGCUUUAAAAGCACUCGCACAGUUUUGUCACUCUUUCCCUUCUCCUCACCUCCCUUCCACUAGUCAGUGGUCUUUCCAGACUUGGACAGAUCAGGCCAAACCACACCAACACCUCAGUGACUACACUGGGCCUUAUUUCUAGGUGCCAGUCACAUGUUGAAAAGAUGGAAAGAAUCUAUCAAAACUCUUGGAAUAUCUUGGAAUACUUAUUUUGGUUAGCAUAUUGAAUGAUCUGGUCUGAGGCUUAUGUUUCUUACCAUAAGAUGAAUCUUACCUUCGCAGGUUAGCACUGCACAUGGCUGAACAUGAUUCAAACACCCAAAGAGUUGCCAAUAAAAUCCUGUCAGAUUAUCAGAAGCCUCAAGGGAAAGGAUUAUCAUGACCACAUCACAUUGAAGAGAUCCUUGUGUAUGUAGGCUACACUGCGUCAGGGGUGGUUUGAGAAGUUUUGUGUGGUUGGCAGUUUCAGUGGUUAAAUCAUGCAGAUUAGAAAGUCAAAGAAAACCCAAGUGCUAGAUUAUUUCAGCAGCCACCAGGAGCCUCUUCACAAACAGACCACCUGGACCAGAAUAACUUCACAAUAGGAGCCCAGAUUUGGCUUCCCUGAAUUCAUGUUUUCUUUCUUUUUGGGGAGAGGGAUUUUUAUUUGAGUGACCGUUUUACCAGUCAUUUUACUUUUGCUACAAAAUGUAUUGUGGUGAUGGUGUGUUCUCAGAUAAUUGUCACUUUUGUCAACACUGUGAUUCAUUAACUAUUUUAUACUUUAUGGUAAAAAUGCUUUAUUUGUAACAUUUGUGUGGCUGUGUAGGGACAUUUGUACCUUUUGUCUAAACGUGUCAUUUGUAUUCUGGACAGUGUUUGUUGAUGUGUUUCUUGGCAGUUAAACCAGCUGAUUAAAAUACUCAUUUUUUCACAUUGA